AGGUCUGUUUCGACUUCCGACUGGGCGAGCUGCCUCGGGGAGUGGAACAUGAGGGGCAGCCAGCACGGCUGAUGAGAACAGCAGACUCAGGAGAUGCCACGAUCUUGUCGGUUCCACCUGGAGGAUACAUGAGGCUUCCCUUGGACUUCUCGGAGAAGCACGGUGCUACUGUCACUCAAUAUACACUGGUGGUGGAGUUGCGAUGCUCCCAUCCCCGUCCCUUGUCCCUCUUUCAAGCGACCUGGCCAGAAGUCUCAGCAAAUCACCCUACCAUCUCUGAAUGCAUCGUGGACGACGGCCGACUUCUUGUGGGUGGUGCAGAAAGCGAAACGAUGAGAUCAUUGGCGACGGCCAGACAACAAAACCGCUUCAUUCGGCUCUUCUAUGUGUGCGAUGCGAAGGAGGGUCAAAUCGAGGUCUAUGUGAAUGCAGACCUGGCAUUGCGAGUGAACAACGUACAGCAGAGCCGUUUUCAGCUGGAUCGAAAAGGCUUGCUUCUGCUGGCCAGCAACAGUGCUUCAUACAUGCCCGGGAACGUGGAACUGAAGCGUGUGGAACUUCACCGACGUCUCAUGAACUCACAGGACAUCAAAGCUCAUGCCUCACAGCGCUGGUCCUUCCGGGGUGCUGCUCUCUCGUCGGCGCUGCGACAGCUGCGGGGGAAGUUAUCCCUCUGCGCACUGGACAAGAAACCGCAGCCAGUUUGGUGUGAUCUAUCGUUCUUGGCUCAUUUCUGCGACGUUUUUAUGAACAUUAACAAUGGAAGCAUCUACCGAUCUCUACAGGUGGUUCAUCUGGGACUUGAGAAACUCAUUGCCGAGAAGAAUCCUUUGAUGUCUGCAGACGACCAGGCUGCUGCAAAGAAAGCCUGUGGCAUCUUUGAAUCAGGCCAUGGGAUACGGAUGGAUACGGAUUAG